UCUCUUCCCCACCCUCGCCCCCUCUCGUCGCCAAGUACGCGUGGAACUACGCGAAACGGGUUGUUCCGGGCCCUCGAGUGGUCAUCUCUCGACGCGGUAAAACAGCGGCGGAAGGAGCGAGGCGUCUCACUUGCGGACUGUUGCAGGCACCGUAGGCUUGGGGCGGUGCGGCGUUUUCCACACGGGCCAGGCCAGGCCAGAGGCGCGACUCGAGGAGCGGCGGCCCCCGCGACGCGAUCCCCCCCGUCGUAAAUAUGCUGUGCUAGUACCCGUGAAUGUCCGACACGAUGAGCUUCUCCAGCGAUGAGGUCAACUUCCUGGUCUACCGAUACCUGCAGGAAUCCGGUUUCCAGCACUCCGCGUACACGUUCGGCAUAGAGUCCCACAUAUCGCAGAGCAAUAUCAAUGGCGCCCUCGUGCCGCCGGCCGCGCUCCUGUCCAUCAUACAGAAGGGGCUGCAGUACACGGAGGCGGAGAUUAUGAUAGGCGAGGACGGCACCGAGCACAGAAUGGUGGAGUCCUUGUCGCUCAUCGACGCGGUCAUGCCCGACAUCGUCGCGACCCGGCAGAAUCAGAUCAAUCAGCAGAAGCAGCAGGUGAAGGCCGAAGGCCAGGACACCAAUGGCGAAGAAGUUGUUACGUCUAACGACGGCGUCAACAAUAAUGACCGAGGUGGAGACCGGGGCGCGGAGAUGGAGGUGGACGAGCCGACAGCGGGCGCGAAUGCAGGCUCCAACGCGAGUACCGUCGAGAUCCCUGCCAGCAAAGCCACCAAGUUACGCGGUCACGAGUCGGAGGUGUUCAUCUGCGCCUGGAAUCCGACGACCGAUUUAUUGGCUUCCGGCUCCGGGGACAGUACCGCUCGCAUUUGGGAUAUGUCGGACAACUCGCAAGCGCCCAAUCAGCUCGUCCUGCGUCACUGUAUUCAGAAGGGCGGCACCGAGGUGCCCAGUAAUAAAGACGUCACAUCGUUAGAUUGGAAGUGUGACGGCACGUUACUCGCAACUGGAAGCUACGAUGGAUACGCACGUAUCUGGACAACUGAUGGACGAUUGGCAUCCACAUUGGGCCAACACAAAGGUCCGAUUUUUGCGUUAAAGUGGAACAAACGCGGUAAUUACAUUCUGAGCGCUGGAGUUGACAAGACGACCAUUAUUUGGGACGCUGAAAGCGGACAGUGUACACAACAGUUUAGUUUUCAUUGUGCACCCGCGUUGGAUGUCGACUGGCAGACAAACACGUCAUUUGCCAGCUGUUCUACAGAUCAAUGUAUACACGUAUGCAAACUGAACGUGGACAAACCUAUCAAGAGCUUUCAGGGACACACUAAUGAAGUGAAUGCAAUUAAGUGGGAUCCGCAAGGAAUUUUAUUGGCCAGUUGUUCAGACGAUAUGAGCCUGAAAAUCUGGUCUAUGAAACAGGACACGUGGGUACACGAUUUGCAAGCACACAGUAAAGAAAUCUACACGAUCAAAUGGUCACCGACUGGCCCAGGUACACACAACCCGAAUAUGAACUUAACAUUGGCCAGCGCAUCUUUCGAUUCCACCGUUCGAUUAUGGGACGUUGAAAGGGGUGUAUGCAUACACACGCUCACCAAGCACACCGAACCAGUCUACAGUGUAGCUUUCAGCCCAGACGGGAAAUUCCUCGCUAGCGGUAGUUUCGAUAAGUGCGUUCAUAUAUGGUCCACGCAAAGCGGCCAAUUGGUGCACAGUUACAAAGGUACAGGCGGUAUCUUCGAAGUUUGCUGGAAUAGUCGUGGUGACAAAGUCGGUGCAUCGGCAUCCGACGGCAGUGUGUUCGUUCUCGAUCUUCGCAAAUUAUAAUUAUAAUUAGUUUCUAGAACGUACUCCUCAUUCGAAAAUUUUAUUACGAUUCUUCAGUCAUGGUUAGAUUUUUUAUUAUACUUUUUUAUUUUCCUAUUAUACGGGGUGAUUCUAAGCCUAGUUUAAAUGAGAAUUUAUCAUCCACAACUGCACAGAUGCAAAAAUAAAUAACGAAAUCUUAUUUACAAAAUGCGAUCCUGCUAUUCUUCAGAUGAUAUGUAUUCCAGAUUCCUUUUAAUCUUUAUGUAUUUUUUUUUUUCAUUUUUAUUAUAGAGAAAAAUGUUGGUAGGAUUUAAAUAUUAAUAUAUUUAGACACAAAGCUUGGUAAAUUAGGAUUUUUUAAAUAUUUGAUAAUUUUUAGUUCACCCUUCGUAACCAUUUCGUGCACCUAAGUUUUUCUUGAAAUAUAUUUAUGAAGUAUGGUACUCUUACAUGAAUUUGAUUCUUAUUUAUUUCUCUAACCAUUAACAAUGCUUAGAGAAUUAGGUAGUAAUUUAAUACAAUUUUAAUGAAGCGCCCACAUUCUCGGUUUGAAUUUUUUUUUAUACUAUUCCCUUAAUAUUUCAUUGAGACAGAUGCAUAAAGAGAAAUGUACAUUAACAAUAUUUUUAAUCGUGACACGAAACAUUGUACAGCAUAUAAUUCAACAAGCUCUAUAUUUACAAAGAAAUGGAUUGCUAUCUUUAUUCAUUAAAAAUAGCUGGAAUAUGCUAUCCGUACUCCAGUUGUAACUAUAAUCACACACAAUUAGAGAGUAACUGUGAUAGUAUUAAAUAAUAAGUAAACAUCGACAAUGAAUAAAAUAAAUAAACUUUUUUUAACGGUGA